AUGGCCUCACCCACCCCGGAAUCAUUCAAGCCAUUAUUGAAGAAGCUGGCAACUGAUUCUAUCAGCUUCACGGAGGAGGAUAUGGCAACUUCAUUUGAGCACAUAGUAUCCACCGAUGCCCACACACCCGCGCAGAUAGCAGCAUUCCUCACAGCGCUCAAAUUAACCGGCAACGACGAGAAAGCCGAGUAUAUAGCAGCAGCUGCGACUGUUAUGCGCGCCCACUCUGUCCAGAUACCCGGUUUAGACAGUAUCCCCACAUGUGAUAUCGUUGGUACGGGUGGUGAUGGUCUCGAUACGUUCAACGUUUCCACCGCUGCUGCUGUUGUUGCGGCUGGUGCUGGUGCCACUGUAACCAAACACGGUGCACGCUCAGCCUCUUCUGCGUCUGGCUCUGCAGAUCUUCUCCUGUCCCUCAACUGCUCCCUCUCGAUCCACCCUUCCCGUCUUCCCGCUCUCCUCUCUUCCAGCAGAUUCGCAUUCCUCUUUGCCUCCAAUUACCACCCUGCCAUGGCCCACGUAGCCCCUCUCCGCCGCGAAAUGGGUUUCCCCACCAUAUUCAACUUCCUCGGUCCGCUCAUGAAUCCAGCCAGGCCGACGCGCAUGGUGGUUGGUGUCGCUAAGCGCAGCUUGGCGGGUGUAUUCGUCGAUGCCCUCCAGCGUCUUGGCGUCCAACGCGCCAUGGUCGUAAGAGGGAAGGAGGGCAUGGACGAGAUCAGCCCAGCGGGCGAGACGGAGAUUUGGGAGCUGUGCGACGGUCGCGUAAAGGAGUACACCGUUUCUCCAUUCAAUUUCGGCGUUAAGGCCCACCCACUCUCCUCCGUUAAGAGCGGCAGCCCUACUAACAACGCUAAUCUUUUCAAAUCCAUUCUCGCUACUUCUACGCCCUCCUUUGACGAUAUUCCAGAGGGUGUUGAACUCGCUGCGCUCAAGGAUUGGAUCCUUAUCAACGCAAGUGCCCUGCUCGUCGUCGCAGGUCAGGCUACCAACUUUGGCCAGGGCGUUACUAAAGCCAGAGAGGCCAUCGAGGGGCUCCACGCUAAGGCUGCGCUGGAUGCUUUCAAGAAGGCGGGAAGUGAGCAGUGA